UCGCCAACACUCAACUCCUCUUUGUAUCUAAUCUGAUCUCUCCACCUGCGAGAGAGAGAGAGAGAGUCCAGAGGGAGGGUUCUGCGGUUUCUACACCGCUUAACGGAACAUUUCUUUUUCACUGUUCUGUGCUGCCUCGUGACUCACUGAGCAGAAAAAUCCUCCUCUCUUUAAAUGAUGUUUCCCCAUCGUCUCCCCCUGUUUUUUUGCUAAAUUUACUGUGAUGUCGAAAUUUCGACCUUCUUUUAUCAAUUCCCUAUUGGUAACUUCCCACUCUGAGCCUUUUCUUAUUCCUUUGGAGCAAAGCCCAUCUGAGGAUAGGGCCGAUAGACUGGAUUCUGGGGUUCUGUGUACUCUUCCGGAUUUCUCCAAGUGGGUAUUUAGGGUUUUGGCAGGGUUACUUCACUUUUAGUUUCAGUAGGAGAUAUAUAGAGUACAUUGUUCUGGAGUUCGAGCUGGGUUUUAGGGUGUUUGGGAUCUGCUUGGCUCUUCGUUUACAGAGAUAGAUAGAUGUUCUAAAGGGGUAAUUCUCUUGUUUCCGAAGCCAAAACUUUCUCCAAUUCUCUAGAUUUGAACUUUCCUGGACCCAAACUAUUGGAAUUCGAAGUGGGUAUCUUAGAACAGAGAGUUUUGAUUGACAGGUUUUUGCAGAAUCCUAUCUCAUUUUUAGUGGGAUAUUCAGAUUCUAGCUUCUUCCUCCCCUGUUUUUAAUUUCUUUACCUUCUUGUAAAUGUUUCUUUUUUGGGGGUACUUUUUGGCUUUUCUGUUCUUUCUUUUGUAUAUAUUCUACGACCUUUGAUAAGACUUUUGGGGUUUAGGGUUUUGUACUUUUCUAUAUAUUCAGUCUCUGCAACUAGUCUAGUCUUGUUUGGUAUACUUCCUUUCCCCUUUCAUUGCAAUUCAGUUAACUGUAAGCCUCUUUCAGUUCCUGUAGCCUUUUCAAAUCUUUCCUUUGCUUCCUUCUUGAUGCACUUAGAUUUUGAAUUGGGUUCUCAGUGUUCUCCUUCUUGGUGCAAUUGGAUUUUGGCCUGAGAUUUUUAUCUGGUUCUCAGGGUCUUUGAAUUCUAGCUUGGUUUUGAGCUAAUAGGUUUUCUGUUACAUUCCAUAGUUAGCUCAAUUCAGUUCUUUUUCUGCCAGAUUUCCAGCACUUGAAUAUCACCUAAUUCUCGGGACCAUUCCCUGAAUUUGUUCAAGCUUUUGUAGUUUACUCUGAAUCCUUUCUGGGGUUCUCUUAGUUUCAUCUGCAGUAAUUUGAGGGGUUUGAGGCUUUCUCAAUUGACAAUGUCUUCGUGCUUGAGUGGUGGUGGGCGGACAUAUAGCUUCGAGCUUGACAUCAUCAAAUCCCCAUCUACCUCGUCCAGAACUUCUCAGUCCUCUUCUCCCUCUUCAACCGUCUCUGAAUCUGGCAAUUCUCCCCUUACAAUCUCUACCCGGAAACGAGCACCUCGAAAGCGUCUGAACCAAGCCUACAACGAAGCCGCUGCUCUCCUCUCCACCAUCUACCCCAACAUCUUCUCCACAAAAAGCCUCGGAAAGCCCUGCAAACACACCAAAGUAUACGACUUCUUCUCUGAAGAACCGUCCGAAUUGCUCCCGCCCUUUCCGGGCCUCGACACAGCCGGAUUCCUACUACAUCAACUGGCCCCCGAAAAACCCACUUUCAGAAUCGAGUCAAAGCCUGCGAAUUCAGGAGAAAAGCCAUGCCAAAGCCCGUCAGAGAACGAUUGCCCAGUGAAUUCUUCGAGUCCAUGUAAUGAGUAUGAGGAGGAUUUCGAUGCGGAGUCAAUUCUCGACGAGGAGAUGGAAGAGGGAAUCGACAGCAUCAUGGGGAAUCUCAGCGUCAACAACAAUUCAUACGAUGAAUCCAAUACGUCCUGUUACAGUGGCCAAAUCGAUACUUGCUACGCAAAUCCAACGGAGUUGGGUUUUGGCGGGAAAUUCGAACUUGGGUUCGGGAUGGUUGGAGGAGUCCGAGCAUUGAGACACGUCGACGAUGGAGAUUGGUGGAGGUUCCCAGCAGUUGAUGUUCUUUCCAUCUCGCCCAAAUUGAACAGGGCUUCAUCAGAAAAGGAGAAAAAGAAGAAGAAGAACAAAGUGGAACAGAAAGAAGAAACGAAGGACUCUGCUUCCCCUGCAGACACAUCCAACUCCAACUCGAACAAAUCAAAUCCCAAGUCGGGUCUGUCGCUGAAAUUGAAUUACAACGAGGUUAUUCUCGCAUGGUCCGAUCGUGGGUCGCCGUUCUCCGACGAUACCCCGACAACCGAUGCCUCAGAAUCCGACAUUCAUGCCAGACUCGCUCAGAUCGAUUUGUUUUCAGAGAACGGAGUGAGAGAAGCCAGUGUGUUGCGGUACAGGGAAAAGAGAAGGACGCGUCUCUUCUCCAAGAAGAUCAGAUACCAGGUCCGCAAGGUCAACGCUGAUCGACGGCCUAGAAUGAAGGGUCGGUUUGUUAGGAGGCCAAACUCAACAUUGGGUGGUGGUCAAAAGUGAAGGGGAAGUUGUAUGGGUUGUGAGCAUGCUACUCCUUUUUCUCAAUCUUCCUUGCAUCUUUAGCAAUUUUCCUUUGAGUUCUUUUUUAGAGAGAGAGAGAAAGAGAGAGGAAUCUGAAUUGAUGGAAGAAAUCACAGCACUAUAAGUUUUGUUCACAAUUUUUUCUCACCUUUUUUAUUUGUUUUCUUUGUCUCCAUAAAAUGUUCAGGCUACCAAUUUGAUACAAAAUGUGAAUGCCUUUUGGUGGAGAAAAUAGUUUUGUUCUCACUGAAAAUCACACAAAUGAAAGCAUGUUGAAUGAAGUUGUAUUGGGUUGGUUACUUCAGAAAAGAAAAAAAAAGCAUUGAAAAGAGUGCUUGUGCAUUCUAGCAAGAA